AUGUUCAGCAAGCAGCUUCUUACUGCCGCCACGGCGCUCAGCAUGGCGUCCGGCGUGUUCGGUGUUGGAUGUAACGAUGCGACCGCUACGAUCCAGUCUGCGGCCGAUGCCACCCAGGUUGCCAAGUGUGAUUCUAUCAAGGGUAGCGUCCUAAUCGGCACCACUGCCGGCCCUGAUAUCGAUCUCAGUGGAAGCCUAGAGUCGAUUGGUGGUUCUCUGACGGCCGAGAACAACGGUCUCCUCAACAGUUUGAAGAGUUCUUCCCUAACUACCAUUGGCGGUGCCUUCGCUCUGAAGAACGUCACCAAGCUCUCUACCCUCAGCUUCCCAGCCCUCGGUGAGGUUGGCUCCAUUGACUGGGCCACCUUGAACGCUCUUCCUGAGCCCACCUUCGGCAACCCCGGUAUCACCAAGGCGAAGAGUGUUACUAUCGCCGAUACCUUCAUUGAGAGCAUUAACGGCAUCAACGUCGAGUCUCUUACUGACAUGAACAUCAACAACAACCGACGAUUGACCAAGUUCUCGACCAGCAUCAAGAGCUUGUCUAACACUCUGUACGUGCAAGCCAACGGUCUCAACCUUAGCAUGGAGAUGCCCAACUUGGAGUGGAUUGCCAACAUGACAAUUGCCAACGUCACCUCCUUCUCAGUUCCCUCUCUGCACACUGUUAACGGCUCAAUGCGUUUCGAUUCCAACUACUUCACAACCUUCAGUGCCGCCAACUUGACUCAGAUCCAAACCGGUGAUUUAUCUUUCGUUAGCAACCCCCAGGUCACCAACAUCUCUAUCCCCAAGCUUGAGAGCAUUGGUGGUGGUUUCACCAUUGCCAACAACACUGCUCUGGAGAAGCUCGAUGCUUUCGGUUCCCUCAACGAGAUUGGCGGUGCCGUUAAGGUCCGAGGUUCCUUCACCGAUGUCCAGCUCCCUGGUCUGAAGGACGUCAAGGGUGCUUUUGAGGUUGUCAGCACUGAGGAUAUCUCCAGCUCUUGCACCACCCUCGGUAGCUACAAGGGCGGUGUUGUCCAGGGCGACUACAACUGCCGAGGCAAGGACGCUAACGCCAACGACGACACCUCUGACGCUUCUAGCGACGGCUCCUCCAACGGCACCAGCAACAACAAGAACGCUGCCACUGGCCUCGGGACCAGCAUGCCUGCUCUCUACACCUUGGUUGCUCUUGGCUCUUUCGUUGCCGCUCUCUUGUAA